UAAAUAAAAUAAGGCCUUUUUUUUCUUGCCCCUCUUGUUCUUUUAACAGAGAUAUACUUUUGGGCUGGACCGAGCCCAAAGAAUUUAUCAGAGAUCCCCCCCUCUACUGCAUAUGUCGCUAGGCCCACGCCAGCUGUAUUAGAACAGGACGCUUGUGUCACCAUGUCCACGUGCUUAUGCUUCACUUUAAUAACGUUAAACAACUGACUUUAUCUGUGUAGGGUUUUUUUGACCAGUGGUCUUUGUCCACCGAACUCUCUUCUUCUUCGGCGACCACCAUUAUUUUUUAUUCACACCAGAUUAGAAUAAAAAAAAGUAAGACCAUUAUGCUUAUCCUUACCUCUUUUGGAACUCCACUCCCAUCCAUAUUGAUUUUCAAUGGUUUUGAACAUCUUCUCUAUCCAAAAUUGCAGUAGGAAGCCUACUGCUCUUAUCCAAGUUGAGUUUUCUUGAUGAUUGCAGCAAUCAGCUGUCGGUGACCACCAUUCAAGAUGAAGUUUCAAUUGUUUCCACGCCCAAACUCCCUGGAGAAUAUGCUUUUCCAUGUGUUUAUUUGGGAACUCAAACAAGAAAGAGAAACCCCCAUCUCGUAUACAUUGAUUUCAAAAGCAUUCUUCCACGUACUCACAACCCAUUUUCUAAUAUCUGUGAGUGUUGGUUUCUCCUUCUCAUCUACAUUGAAGCUCCCCACAAUGCAUCUUCCAAGCAGUCCAUUUUCUAGAUUCACAUCAUCCUCAUAAAUAGAGAUGAAGCCUUUGCUGUUGCUGAUAUGAGAUUUUGUUAUCUCUGUUUGCCAUUUAUUAGCCAUGACUGAAUCUGCAUAGAGAAUCUUUGGAUCUACCUUCCUUUCGAUGUUUGUAAUAAUUGCUCCUUUAUGACUUUCGAUGAAGUUAUCAAUCUUAAAUGCUAGAUCUUUCCAUCCCACUUGAAUGAAAAUUCUGGAAUAAUAAUGAUAGAUUUGUUCCCCACUUGUACUGACACGAUGCUAAUAAUCCUUCCAAACUUGUUAUGUUUUCUGGGGAAAUUUAAUUAUAGGUCACUCUCAAGUUUUUUUUUUUUAGGGGAGGUGACUCAAGUUUUAAUUAUUGAGUGGAGGUGAUAUUUUUUUAUUAGUGAUUAGGAAGUUUUAACCUUGCCCAAAAGUUUUCAUUUUGACACUUUGACCUUUAACUUUAUUUUUAACACUUUGCCCUCAAGCUUUAUUUUUAACACUUUGACUCAGCCAAUAUAAACCCUAAAAUACCAAAAUGGGUCCAGAAAAAAAAAAAGGCGCCAAUAGCCGCACCCGUUUUUGCUCUUUUCCUUCCACUGUUCUUCUUCUCCUUCCUCGGUUUGUUCUUCUUCCUUCUUUCUCUUCUUCUUUUCCAUCCGCCUGUUCUCAUUCUUUUUCUCCCUCCAUUCUUCUUCCUCAUCUUCCAUUGUUGCUUCCCCUGCUUCUUUUUCAUCCAUUUCUGUGCCAUUUUGAAGAAUCUGCUCAACAAAAGAAAAAACUAAACCACCAGAUUUGUAACUUUUUUGGCUGGAUUUUGUUAGUGUCUACAUGGGAAUUACUUCAUAAGUAUUGCUGCUUCCCCUGCUUCUUCUUCUUCCCUUGGUGCGGCAUUUUGAAGAAUUUGCUCAUCAAAGAAAAAAAUGAAACCAGCAGAUUUUGCAAAUUUUUGGUUGGGCAUUACUUCAGAAGUAAUUUCCGCUCAUUUGGUAGCAUUAAUGGGGAACUCAAUAACAAUAGGUGUUGAUUGCCAUGGCGAAUGGAUCGAAAAGAACAAUCGAUAUAUUUGGCGAUGGAAGGGUAGUCACAUGUUAGAGACGAUAGCGAUGAGUGUCCAAAGAGAUGUUGUGUUUGAUGAUUUUGUGAACUUAAUCAUCACCUAUUGUGAAUUAACUUGUGAACCGAAAGAUCUUGCCAUCACUUACAUGCAUAGCUCUUUUGAAAACCAUAGGGUCUUGCCUUUUAAGAUAACCGAUCAGGAUCAUUUGUGUACUUAUUUAAAUGAUGUAGCUAGGCCCAUUUUAAGGGUAUACGUGGUUGGAAGCCCUGUAGAGAACCAUAAUUUAGGUCAACACCAACAAGAUGUGUUAAAUGAUAAAUUGGAUGGGGUGGAUAUGUAUAUGGAUAUUCCAGAUAAUGAAAUUGGGGGUGAGCCGAUUCCUACACCCGAAGUUGCGAGCAAUACACCGUGUUCUACAUAAUCUUCACAGUGCAGCCAUGUUCAAGAUGAUGAAACAGGCUUUUAUAAAGGAAUGUCAUUCAAGAAUAAAGAACAAAUAGCAACUAUGUUGAAACUUGCUUGCGUGAAAAAAGAUUUUACACUCAAGAAGGUGAUUAAUUCGCGCACUGUGUAUUACUUUAGAUGUGUACAUCCGGAGUGCAAGUGGUGGAUGAAGGCUAUGAAGCUUUUAUGUUCUGACAGAUUUUGUAUUACAACCUACGUAAAGUAUCACACAUGUGGUUCUGAGCAUAUUACUAGCCAUAAUCCACACGCCACAGCGAAAGUCAUUGGUGAAUACUUCAAAGAUAGGUUUCCCGAGGGUAAAGGCCCAUCUACAAAAGAUAUGAGCCAAUCAUUCCGCACAGAAUUGGGUUGUAAGGUAAGUUAUUGGAAGGUCUGGAAGGGCAUGGAGAUUGCAAAAUCUUUGACAAGGGGGACACAUGAGCACGGGUAUGCAGUGCUUGAUGCGUACCGUUAUAUGCUUCGUUCUGCAAAUCCAGGAAGUAAGACGGCAUUGAAGGUUGAUGCUAAUGGGAAGUUCAAGUACUUUUUUGUAGCCUACAAGGCUUGGAUGCUUGGUUUUGCGCAAAUGAGAAAAGUCAUAGCUGUCGAUAGGACAUUCUUGAAGAGUAAGUACGAAGGAGUGUUGUUCUCAGCCGUGGUGCAAGAUACGGAGAAUCAUGUUUUUCCUGUGGCAUUUUGUGUAGUGGACAAGGAGUGUGAUGCCUCAUACAAAUAUUUUUUUGAACAAAUGAGAAGCUUUGUAGAUGAUACCAAAGAGUUGUGCAUAAUUUCUGAUAGGCAUCCAAGUAUUAAAAAGGCAAUUUCAAUUGUCUUCUCUUUAUCUCAUUAUGGUUGUUGCAUGAAGCACUUUGGGGAAAAUCUCCGAACCACCUUUCACAAUACGAAGGCCGUAUCUCAGUUUUAUAAAGCUGCAAAAUCGUACAAUAUAGAUGAGUUCAAUGGCCAUUUCAAUCAAAUCAGAGAUACCGUCCCUGGAUCCGCCGAACAUGUUGAACGUGUUGGAUUCCACAGAUGGAGUAGGGUAUUCUUCCCCGAAAAUAGGUAUAAUCUUAUGACGUCAAACAUUGCUGAGUCGGUGAAUUCAAUGUUCAAUGUUGAAAGAGAAUUUCCCAUUACUGCUUUAUUUGAUGCCAUAAACAGGAGAUUUUGCAGAAAAAUUUCAUGAGAGACGUAUGGAGUUCAUCGACUCACCAAACAUCUUUGUUCCUUCAGUUGAAAAAAUAAUUUCAAAAUUUGUCAACUUGGGGAACAAGUUAUUAGCCCAUCCAAUAGCCAACUACAAUUUCAGCGUCAUCGGUCACGGUGCAGCUGCGACAGUCGAUCUGCAAAGUAGAUCUUGUACUUGUAGAGUUUUUGACCUGGACAAAAUACCUUGUUCACAUGCAAUGGCAGCGCUACGUGUCCAAUAUGGUGACGACUUUGUAAGGCGGAUUUAUGACUACUCAUCUCCAUAUUAUAAGGUGGAGAAUUACAUAAUUGCAUAUUGUGAGGAAAUUUGUCCUGUGCCUUCUGAAGAAUCUUGGGAAGUUAUAUGUUGGUGUUUUUUCAACUAAGUUAUGUGUUACAACUUGUGUUUUAUCCAACAAGAGUAAGGAUUUGUUCAAUAACUUAAUCACUUGUUGCACAGAUAUUACAAUUGUUGCAACAGAUUCUACAUGUGCUGCAACAGAUAUUGUGCUUGCUGCAACGGAUACUACAGCCGCUGCAACAGAUACUACAGUUGUUGCAACAGAUUCCUCACGUGCUGCAGCAGAUACUACACUUGUUGCAACAGAUACUACUUGGUUCACCCAUAUUUAGUGAUCAACUACUCGAUUCACCCAUAUUUAGUGAUAAACAAAGGAAAUCAACCAUAUUUAGUGAUCAAUGUAUAAUACUUAAUCAAUUUGAUGUAUUUUGAGUUAGCAAAGAGGAUCUCCUAAGUCAGCAUGCACUAAAUAGAGCGAUCAUUAGAGUGAAUUGGUGUGAACUACUCGAUUCACCCAUAUUUAGUGA